UUUAAGGAGAAAAAGGUCUGUGGUACCGGGUGUAAUUGAAAGAGAAAGAAAAUGUCGCUAUUGCAUACUAGUUCUUCGUAGUGACGGCGGCAUCAAUUUCUGAAUUAAUUACCAUUUGUCGCAAAAACUGCGCGUCCUUUAGCUUUUCUAGACUAAAAUCUUUAAUUUUUCUUCGGGCCUUGUCAUAUCGUUAUCUAAAUGGCAUCAGAUGAUGAAGUAGAUGGAUCUUUUGCAGGUGACGAGGAAGUGGAGGAAGGUGAGGGUCAAAAUGAUAACUCAGGAGACAGUGAUGAAGUUCCUCCAAAGGAAGACGAUGACUACUCUCCAGAAGAUGGAAGAAAGAAAAAGAAGGGCAAGAAAAGAAAAGCUAGGGGAGAAGAAAAAAAGGGAAGAAAGAAAAAGAAGAAGCGUAAGAAUGAGAGUGAAGAGGACGACGACUUUGGGUUAGAAAUAGAGGCAGAAGGUGAUAGCGACUACGCGCUAAGCGCCGUGUCGUCGAGCAAAAAAUCUCGUAAAGGGCGAGGCAGCAAGCAUAACACCUCGACUCCUGUUGCAUCUGAUUCGGGAUCUGGUAUGCCCACAGUUGAAGAAGUAUGUUCUUCAUUCGGUCUUACUGAUGUUAACAUUCAGUACUCAGACGCUGAUCUCGAAAAUCUAACCAGCUACAAGUUAUUCCAGCAACAUGUUCGACCACUCCUGGUUAAGGAGAAUCCUAAGGUACCCGUAUCAAAAUUGAUGAUGCUUGUAGCUGCAAAAUGGCGCCUAUUUUGUGAAAGUAAUCCUAAUUUGGAGGGUGGUAGCCAGAACCUGGGGUCUGAAGAGAAUACAAAUACGUCUACUGCGUCUGAUUACGUGCCUAAACGUCCCGGUCGCGGUACUAAAGAAUCAAAAAUUGACGAGUCAAUCGGCGAGCCCGAUGAGGAAGACGAUGAGGGCGUCAGCGACGAGGGCACGCCGGCGCCUCGCAAACGCGGCCGCAAGCCCAAACACACGGGGACGCCGCGCGGCAAGCCCGGCCGCAAGCCCAAGGUGCCCACGCUCAAGAUCAAGUUCAGCAAGAGGAAGCGCACCAGCAGUGAAGAAGAUCAAGAAGGAAGUCCAGGUGCUAAUACUGAUUCAGAUGCCGAGUUUGAACAGAUGUUGGCUGAGGCUGAAGAACCUAAACCAGCGACAAGCAACACUGAAGAAAGUACGCAGCAGAAGGAGGACGAUCCUAAUGUACCCCAACAACCAAAGAAAAAAGCUAAGACCAAAAUUGGUAAUAAGAGCAAGAAAAAGAAGAAAUUGAAGACAACCAACAAGUUUCCCGAUGGUGCUGAGGGAGAGCAGGAGCAUCAGGAUUAUUGUGAGGUCUGUCAACAAGGAGGUGAGAUUAUCCUUUGCGACACAUGUCCCCGAGCUUACCAUUUGGUGUGUCUGGAACCUGAAUUAGAAGAGACACCAGAGGGACGCUGGUCAUGUACCCACUGCGAAGCCGAAGGCAACCAGGAUCAAGAAGAAGAUGAUGAGCAUCAGGAGUUCUGCAGAAUUUGUAAAGAUGGAGGAGAGCUGUUGUGUUGUGAUACCUGCCCUUCAGCCUACCAUCGUUUCUGUCUUAAUCCACCUUUGGAUGAAGUACCAGAUGGAGUAUGGAAAUGUCCUCGAUGUAGUUGCCCACCACUCGAUGGUAAAGUGGCAAAGAUCCUCACGUGGCGGUGGAAAGAACAGCCGGCGAAAUCAAAGGCACCGCGCUCAAGAGAGUUCUUUGUCAAGUGGCAUGAGCGAUCUUAUUGGCAUUGCAGUUGGAUAUCAGAAAUUCAGCUGGAUGUAUUCCAUCCAUUGAUGUACCGCUACUAUAUGCGCAAAUCGGAUCCAGAGGAGCCACCAAAGUUGGAAGAACCGUUAGAGGAACGUGAAGGACGUAAGCGUAUUAAAAACAAACACGGUCAAGAGCAGGACUCUGAUGAAAAAAUGUUGGAGGAAAAGUAUUACAGAUAUGGCGUAAAACCUGAGUGGUUGAUAGUGCAUAGGGUAAUAAAUCAUCGUACGUCGCGUGAUGGUACCACAUAUUUCUUGGUGAAAUGGAGAGACUUAUCAUAUGAUCAGGCAACAUGGGAAUCUGAACAUGAAGAUAUUGCUGGGCUUAAGUCUGCUAUUGAAUAUUAUCAGGAUAUGCGAGCUUUUAUAACAUCGGAAGGUAAAACUAAAGGCAGCAAAGGCAAGAAAGCUGGUCGCAAAAGUAAAAACAAAGAUAAUAUUGAUGAAGACGAAAGCAGCAGUGGACUUCAGGUCAAAGGGAGGAAGUAUAAUCCACCUCCCGAUCGUCCAACGACCAACCUCAAUAAAAAGUAUGAGGAUCAGCCACCAUUUGUUUAUGAAACUGGAAUGCAACUUCAUCCUUACCAAUUGGAAGGUCUUAACUGGUUACGAUACUCGUGGGGACAAGGAAUCGACACUAUUCUUGCAGACGAGAUGGGUCUUGGAAAAACCAUUCAAACUGUUACGUUCCUUUAUUCACUAUUCAAAGAGGGUCAUUGUAAAGGACCCUUCCUUGUUUCUGUUCCACUCUCAACAAUUAUAAACUGGGAGAGAGAAUUUGAGUUGUGGGCUCCUGAUCUAUAUUGCAUUACUUAUGUCGGUGACAAAGAUUCUAGGGCAGUUAUACGUGAAAAUGAACUUACUUUCGAUGAUGGCGCGAAUAGAGGAGGAAGACCUUCGAAAAUUAAAUCUCAAGUAAAGUUCAAUGUACUUUUAACAUCUUAUGAACUGAUUUCAAUUGACUCUACUUGCUUGGGUUCCAUUGAUUGGGCUGUUCUUGUUGUUGACGAAGCUCAUAGGCUAAAAAGUAAUCAGUCAAAGUUCUUCAGGCUUCUUGCUGGAUACCACAUUAACUACAAACUUUUGCUGACAGGAACUCCUUUACAGAACAAUUUAGAAGAAUUGUUCCACCUUUUAAAUUUCUUGAAUAAGGAUAAGUUUAAUGAUUUAGCUGCUUUUCAAAAUGAAUUCGCAGAUGUUUCAAAGGAAGAGCAAGUAAAGAGGCUCCAUGAAAUGUUGGGUCCUCAUAUGUUGCGGCGUCUAAAGGCCGAUGUAUUAAAGAAUAUGCCUGCAAAAUCGGAGUUCAUUGUUCGUGUUGAGCUCUCGCCUAUGCAGAAGAAAUAUUAUAAGUACAUUUUGACAAGAAAUUAUGAAGCUCUGAAUCCAAAGAGUGGUGGUCAGACUGUAUCUUUACUCAAUGUGAUGAUGGACUUAAAAAAAUGUUGUAAUCAUCCAUAUUUGUUCCCUGUUGCGGCUGAAGAAGCACCACUUGGCCCUCAUGGCAACUAUGACACACAAGCGUUAAUAAAAGCAUCGGGUAAACUGGUUCUUAUGUCCAAGAUGUUGAAACAACUUAAAGAGCAAGGACAUAGGGUUCUUAUUUUUUCACAGAUGACAAAAAUGUUAGAUAUUCUUGAAGACUUCUUAGAAGGCGAAGGGUAUAAAUAUGAAAGAAUUGAUGGUGGUAUAACCGGUACAAUAAGACAGGAAGCCAUUGAUAGGUUUAAUGCACCUGGAGCCCAGCAGUUUGUUUUCCUAUUAUCAACUAGAGCUGGUGGUUUGGGUAUUAAUUUAGCUACUGCUGAUACAGUUAUCAUCUAUGAUUCUGAUUGGAAUCCACAUAAUGAUAUUCAGGCCUUCUCGCGAGCCCAUCGUAUCGGUCAAGCCAAUAAGGUCAUGAUUUAUCGAUUUGUAACGCGUAACAGUGUCGAAGAGAGAGUUACACAAGUAGCUAAGAGAAAAAUGAUGUUAACUCACUUGGUUGUGCGCCCCGGAAUGGGUGGAAAAGGUGCUAAUUUUACUAAACAGGAAUUAGACGAUAUUUUAAGAUUUGGUACCGAAGAGCUCUUUAAGGAAGAAGAAGGUAAAGAAGAAGCCAUUCACUACGACGACAGAGCCGUAGGAGAAUUAUUAGAUCGUUCUAAAGAAGGUAUAGAACAAAAAGAGUCAUGGGCUAAUGAAUACCUUAGCUCCUUUAAGGUGGCUAGUUACUCGACCAAAGAAGGAGAUGGCGAAGAAGAAGUUGAUACUGAGAUUAUUAAGCAGGAAGCUGAAAAUACUGAUCCAGCUUAUUGGAUCAAGUUACUUAGGCAUCACUAUGAACAGCAUCAAGAAGAUCAAGCAAGAACACUUGGCAAGGGUAAAAGAGUUAGAAAACAAGUCAAUUACAACGACGGUAGUGUCGCACAGACAGAAAAUAGAGAAGACACGACUUGGCAAGAUAAUGGAUCUGAUUUUAAUUCUGAUUUCUCUCAAGGUAGUGAAGAUGACAAAGAAGAUGACGAUUUCGAUGAAAAGAAUGAUAAUGGUGAUAUACUGAGCCGUCGCAGCAAGCGCCGACUUGAAAGACGUGAAGAGAGAGAUAGGCCACUACCACCACUGCUCGCACGGGUCGGUGGCAACAUGGAAGUACUCGGCUUUAACGCCCGACAAAGAAAAUCAUUCCUCAAUGCUAUUAUGCGAUAUGGUAUGCCACCCCAGGAUGCUUUUAACUCACAAUGGCUAGUAAGGGAUCUUAGGGGAAAAUCAGAACGUAAUUUUAAAGCUUAUGUUUCUCUAUUUAUGCGACAUUUGUGCGAACCGGGUGCAGAUAAUGCUGAAACAUUCGCCGACGGUGUUCCUAGAGAAGGGUUAUCAAGACAACAUGUGUUAACUCGUAUUGGUGUUAUGAGUUUGAUAAGAAAGAAAGUACAAGAAUUCGAACAUAUUAAUGGAUAUUACAGCAUGCCCGAGCUAAUUCGUAAGCCGGUGGAACCUGUAAAGAUAGCCGGUGCAGAGAGCGCCGCCCCGAGCCCCGCUCCUUCUACAGCGACUCCUAUAACUUCGGCGGCACCCUCGCCAGCGCCUACACAAGUGACUCAAGCGUCUGGACAAGCCCCUACACCUAGCGGAUCCGACAAAGACGAGAAAGAAGAAGCCAAAGAUGAAAAGUCUGACUCCAAGGACAGCAAAGACAAGGAAGAACCUAUGGAUAUAAGUGAUAUUAAAGAAGAAAAGGAUAAAUCGGAUGAGAAGGAAGCCAUAAAGGAUAUAAAAGAAGAAGUGAAAGACGAAAGGCGAAUGUCUGUGGACGAAGAACCGAAGGAUGAAGAUAAAUCAGAGAAAAAGGAAGAAAAGGAUGAAAAGGUUAAGGAGGAACCUAAAGAAGAUUCAGAUAAGAAGGAGGACGCGAAGAGUGAUAAAGCUGAAUCGGAGGCUUCAGAGAAACCUAACAAAGAAGAGAAAAAAGAUGAUGAGGAUGACGACGUUGUACUCGUUAAAGAGGAAGAGGAUCUCAAAGUGGAACGGCGCAAGUUUAUGUUCAACAUUGCCGACGGUGGUUUCACUGAGUUACACACUCUAUGGCUGAACGAGGAGCGAGCAGCCGCGCCCGGCCGUGAGUACGAGAUCUGGCACCGGCGACACGACUACUGGCUGCUGGCUGGCAUCGUCACGCACGGCUACGGCCGCUGGCAGGAUAUUCAGAAUGACUUGCGAUUCGCCAUUAUAAACGAGCCGUUCAAAAUGGAUGUCGGCAAGGGCAACUUCCUCGAAAUAAAGAACAAGUUCUUGGCACGAAGAUUUAAGCUUCUGGAACAAGCUCUUGUCAUCGAGGAGCAGUUGCGACGUGCCGCAUACCUGAAUCUAACUCAGGACCCGAACCACCCCGCCAUGUCGCUGAACGCACGCUUCGCCGAGGUGGAGUGUCUCGCUGAGUCACACCAGCAUCUUAGCAAGGAGUCGUUGGCCGGCAACAAACCCGCUAACGCUGUUCUCCACAAGGUGCUGAACCAGCUGGAGGAGCUGCUGUCGGACAUGAAGUCGGACGUGUCGCGGCUGCCGGCCACGCUGGCGCGCAUCCCGCCCGUGGCGCAGCGCCUGCAGAUGUCGGAGCGCUCCAUUCUGUCGCGCCUCGCCGCCACCGCUGGCAACCCCGUGCCCGCAGCUCAAAUGGCGCAGUUCCCAGCGGGUUUCGGAGCGGGAGGUACGCUGCCGGGCUUCUCUCCUGCAGCGGCGGCGGCUGCCAACUUCACCAACUUCCGCCCGCAGUACUCCGUGCCCGGCCAGCCCGCCACGCCCUCGUCUAAUGUACGUACGCAACAGAAAUCAUAAGUCUGCGGUAAUAUUAAAUCAUAAUGACAAGUUGGCAAAAUCAUACAGUGAGCGAUUUCGGCAUCGCGCUUAGUUGAAUAAUAUAGGUUUAAGCUUUCCAAGAUUCCUGUUGCACCUUGGGUUUGAAGUGAUAAAAUUAGUGAUUAGUGCAGUUAUGUUAGGUAACAUAAUAUUACGUCAUACUAGAGCAGAACUCUCACAAUAUUAUUUAUUUCAUCUUGAUCUGUAUGAAUCUUGUUUUAUUGCGUAAGUGAUUGUGGACUUAUAAAAUCUUUAUUUUUAUUUUACCAAAAAUGAAAAUUUAAUAAAUCAUACAAUUACGUAAA